CCGGCAUGACUACUAACAAAAAGCUACGCGUCCGAUGAAACGGUGAUGGACCCCUUGAGCGCUUUGAAGAACGAGAAGAAGAACGAGAACGCAAAGGCAGAAGGGCUCAGGGCUGGACUUAGCCUUGGCACGCCCCACAGCACGGCCGAGGAUGCCGUCACCGCCUCCCUGGCACCGCCCACACCGGCAGCCGUGGUGGUGGCUACGCCCCUGUCUGCGGCUGCACCGCUCCCACCCGGGACACCGACGGCACAGGCAGUCCCGCUGCCAGGCUACGCCAAGCCCGACAUCCAAGUGGCAGGUGAGAAGCCCGGGUUGCCUGACCUGGCCUUUCCAGGGCUCUUGGCAGGCGAGAAGGUCGUGGAGGCCAUCAAGUCCUGCUCACUGCAGGUGCAGAACCCUUUCUGCGAGGUACCUGGCCGUAUUUGCAUCACACCGUAUCGCCUGAAGUUCAUGACUCCCAAGGGCGGCCUUCGGAAGGACCUCAUGUGGAUGCGGGGUGUCAAGUACUUCGAUGUACCGUUUGGACUGGUCGAGACCAUCAAAGAUGAAAAGCUGGUGACCGUGACGGGCGCGACGGAGUUGAGGGUCACCAUCACUUGCAAGGACCUACGGUGUUUGAUCUUCCUUCUGAAAUCGGAGCAGGAGGCGCGGCUCUUGCUGGAAAGCGUCAGCAGCUUCAGUACCCCGGGGAAUCCUGCAAUGCUCUUUGCCUUCAAGCACUACGAUGCGCUGCGGAAAGAGAAUCUUCUUCAGGACCAAAGCGGUUGGAGUUUGUACGAUGCUGAGCAGGACUAUGCUCGGAUGGGCGUGGACACACCACUCAUCCCAAGUCCACAGUGUCCGUGGCGUGUGAGCGAGCUGAAUCGGCAGUAUCGCCUCUGUGGAUCCUAUCCAUCUGUGGUGGUGAUGCCACGACGCAUGCCAGAUCAGGCACUUCGAGAAGUGGCCGCUUUCAGGAAGCGAGGGAGGCUGCCAGCACUGAGCUGGUGCGGUGGUCCCGAGCUUGGCUUUGCUUCGCUCUGGCGAUGCUCACAGACAACAGAGGGCCUGAUGGGUAGCAAGUGUGUCGAGGACCAAUCAAUGCUGAAUGCAAUACGUCUUGGCAAUGGCGAGGCGGAGCGCGACUUGCUUUUGAUUGAUCUGAGGCCAAAGGUCAGCGCUUGGGUCAACAAGGCUGGGGGUGGUGGCUUCGAGUCCUACCCGAAGUGCCGGAUGAUUUGGGGAGGCAUCGACAACAUCCAUGUAGUGAGAGACGCCUGGCGUGCCAUGGGAAGUGCUGUAGCACGUCUUCAGGAUGCCCAGGUUGGCUCAUGGCUGAAGGACGUGGCCAACUCGGGGUGGUACGACUACAUCGGCGCGAUCCUCUCCUGCACGCUGAAGGCCGUGACGGAGAUCUUGACGUUCAAAUCCAACGUCGUGAUCCACUGCUCUGAUGGCUGGGAUCGCACAGCACAGGUUGCCUCCCUGUCGAUGCUUUGCAUGGAUCCGCACUACCGCACACAGGUGGGAUUCCUAAAGCUCGUGCAGAAGGAGUGGUGCUCCUUCGGACAUCGUUUCCGCACACGUUUGGGGAUCGGAGAUGUGCCAAGCAGUGAGUACAGCCCGGUGAUCAUUCAGUGGCUGGAGUGCGUCUUUCAGCUUCUGCACCAAUUCCCAAGCGCCUUUGAGUUCUCGGCCGAUGUGCUGCUGCGCCUAGCAGAGGAGGUCUUCACCAACCGCUUUGGCACUUUCUUUUGCGACAAUGAGCAAGAAAGAAAAUCUAUGGAAGCGCACACUUUGUCUUUGUGGUCAACUUUGCUUGGCGAGGACUUUGAAAGUUGGCGCAAUCCUGGCUACAAGGCGGAACGAGUGAAGCUCUACCCAAGCAUUUGCCAAGCCAAUUACAGCAUUUGGGAGGCCUACUGGUUCCGCUUCACCGCCCGCGGCGACGUGCCGGAGCCCAGUUCGCCCACGUCGCCCAGCACAGCCGCGGAAGAAGCUCCUCCGGCCGCGCCACCACCGGAGCCAGAAGAGAUUGAGCGUGAACCCAGCCUCUUCAGCCCUGCAGAACUAGCAGUUGCACCGACCAAGCCAGAGCCCACGCAGAUUUUUGCUGAAGAUGACGAUGAGGACAUCUUUGCGAAGCACAGCAAGCCAGGUGCCAAAGAGGCAAAGGUGCCCGCACUGUCUGAGGUGGAAGCCAAGGUGGAAACUGCAGAGUUGUAGUCAAGGCUUGACAAGCUGAAGGUCUGAUGGCGAGAAGCUGACUGUGCCAAUGUUUCUGAUGUUUCCUGGAGCCCACAAGGGCGCCGCGAUGUCUGGAUUGACGAAAA